AUGACCUCUCAUCCCAAUGAUGCCCAAGCUAAGAGUAUCUCGCCCUAUGGAGAGGCACGCUCCACGGUAUCCGGCCAAUGCCUCGACUCCGAAGAAGUCCGCAAGAUGAACGCGUACUUCCGCGCCAGUCUGUACCUUUGUCUCGGCAUGCUUUAUCUCCGUGAAAAUCCCCUCCUCACAGAGCCCUUGAAGAAAGAGCAUCUCAAAGCUCGUCUUCUCGGACACUGGGGCUCCGAUGCAGGCCAGUCGUUUACCUGGAUCCAUAUGAAUCGCCUGAUCAAGAAAUAUGAACUGGAUGUGCUUUUCAUUUCCGGUCCUGGCCAUGGCGCACCUAGUGUUAUCUCUCAGUCCUAUCUGGAAGGCGUCUACACGGAGGUAUACCCUGACAAGACCGAAGACGUUGAGGGCAUGAAGAAAUUCUUCAAGCAGUUCUCGUUCCCGGGUGGCAUCGGAAGCCAUGCUACGCCUGAGACACCGGGUAGUAUCCACGAAGGAGGCGAGCUCGGAUACUCUAUUUCCCAUGCUUUUGGAACUGUCUUCGAUCAUCCCGAUCUCAUCACCCUGACCAUGGUUGGAGAUGGAGAAUCCGAGACUGGUCCGCUUGCGACGAGUUGGCACAGCACCAAGUUCCUUAAUCCUAUCACCGAUGGGGCCGUUCUCCCUGUUCUUCAUCUUAACGGGUACAAGAUCAAUAACCCGACUGUUCUUGCACGUAUCUCUCAUGAGGAGUUGACCGCAUUGAUGGUCGGUUAUGGCUGGAAGCCAUAUUUUGUGGAGGGAAGUGACCUGGACAGCAUGCACCAGGCCAUGGCUGUUACCCUUGAGCAGUGUGUCAAGGAAAUCAGAGAAUACCAGCAGCAAGCCCGGUCGUCUAAUAAACCAUUCCGUCCCCGCUGGCCCAUGAUUGUUCUUCGUACGCCAAAGGGGUGGACUGCUCCGCGAGAAAUCGACGGCAAACUACUGGAAGGCUUCUGGCGCGCUCACCAAAUCCCCAUCACCGACGUCCUCACCAACCCCGCUCAUCUAAAGGUUCUUGAAACUUGGAUGAAGGGAUACAAGCCCGAGGCACUCUUUGAUAAGAACGGCAAGCUUAUUCCAGAGCUCAGGGAGCUCGCGCCUACUGGCAACGCGCGUAUGAGCGCCAACCCAGUCGGAAAUGGCGGUCUCCUGCGCAAGCCACUUCAAUUGAAUGAUUUCCGUGACUACGCGAUCAAAGACAUUGUGCCUGGAAAAUCCUCGGCAGGAGGUAUGGCCAACAUGGCUAAGUUCCUCCGCGAUGUCGUCGCCAAGAACAUGACUACAUUCCGUCUCUUUGGUCCUGAUGAAACCGAGUCGAACAAGCUGGCGGAGGUCUACAAAGCCGGCCAGAAAGUUUGGAUGGCGGAUUACUUCAAAGAGGAUAGCGAUGGAGGCAAUCUUUCUCCUCACGGUCGUGUAAUGGAAAUCCUCAGUGAACAUACUUGCGAAGGCUGGCUGGAAGGAUAUAUUCUUUCUGGACGCCAUGGUCUCAUCAACAGCUAUGAGCCUUUCGUACACGUCAUCGACUCUAUGGUGAAUCAGCACUGCAAGUGGAUUGAAAAGUGCCUUGAGGUCGAAUGGCGCGCCAAGGUCGCUUCCCUCAAUAUUCUGAUCACAGCCACGGUCUGGAGACAAGAUCACAAUGGAUUCACUCACCAGGAUCCUGGAUUCCUCGAUGUGGUGGCUAACAAGAGCCCCGAGGUAGUCCGGAUUUAUCUCCCACCCGACGGAAACACUCUCCUGUCCGUCAUGGACCACUGCCUCCGCAGCGUGAACUACGUCAACGUCAUAGUAGCGGAUAAGCAGGACCACAUCCAGUUCCUGAGCAUGGAAGAUGCCGUUGCACACUGCACCAAGGGUCUCGGAAUUUGGGAUUGGGCUAGUAACGACCAGGGCGAGGAGCCGGACAUCGUGGUCGCAUCUUGCGGCGAUGUCUCGACUCACGAAGCUCUAGCAGCCACUGCUCUUUUGCGAGAGCAUCUUCCCGAUCUCAAGGUUCGUUUCGUGAACGUUGUGGAUCUUUUCCGGCUUAUCUCGGGAAUUCAUCACCCGCACGGCAUGCCAGACCGCCAGUGGAAGGCCAUUUUCACCGAUAACAAGCCGAUUAUCUUCAACUUCCACUCUUAUCCCUGGCUCAUUCACAGAUUGACCUACAAGCGGCCUGGUCAGCACAACUUGCAUGUUAGGGGGUAUCGCGAGAAGGGCAAUAUCGAUACUCCGUUCGAAUUGGCGAUGCGCAAUGGAACCGAUCGGUUCAGUCUGGCCAUUGAUGCCAUUGACCUUAUUCCUUCGCUGGGCAAUACCGCGGCAAGUGUGAGGGAGAAGCUAGUUAAUGCUCGUCUUGCUGGUAAGGCGGAGGCGUUUGAGAAUGGUGUUGAUCCUGAGUACAUUCGCAACUGGGUCUGGCCAUAUGCGAAGGACUAA